AACUUCCCGGUUUCUCUUUGCAGCUUGAGAAACUCUCUAGGGGUUAGUGGGAGCUUUCAAGUUGCUUUAUUUUGCUUAGUCCCCGAGAUCUGUGACUGGUGGGACACAGCCACCAGGGGGAUAAACAGUGGUUUCUCUUGCCCCAAAGGGUCAGGGGCCAGCUAUUCAGAAGGAAGUUAGUCUUUCAUCUGGCCAGACGGCUCCCACAGCAACUCGGAUGGUAGGUCAGGAGGCCGUUCCCUCCCCUCCCAGGAACUCAGUCAGUGGGCAGCCUGAAGAUGGCUAAUUACACAUCAGCACCAGAGGAUGACUAUGAUGUCCUCAUAGAGGAUGAUCUGAGUAACAACGAAAUAGAACUAUGCACCCCAUACGACCCCAAGAUUCUCUCAGCCCAGCUGGUGCCUUACCUCUACACUACAGUGUUCGUGGCUGGCCUCCUGGACAAUAUCUUGGUUGUGUUUAUCCUGGUAAAAUAUAAACGAUUCAAGCAAGCAGAAAAUACCUGUUUCUUCAACUUGGCAUUUUCUAACUUGUGUUUCUUGCUCACUCUGCCAUUCUGGGCUUACGCGGCCUCUCGUGGGGAGGGCUUUGAUGACCCCCUGUGUAAAAUUCUCCUGCUGCUCUACUCCGUAGGCCUGUACAGUGAGGCCUUUUUCAAUGUCCUUCUGACUGUGCAAAGAUACCAGGAGUUUUUCCGUGGGAGAAGGCGUUUCUCGGACUGCAGGCCUAUGGCUAGCAGAAUCUUUAUAAGUGCUCUACUGUGGGUCACAGCCAUUCUGGUCACUUUGCCUGAACUUGUUUUUUACAAACCUCAGAUGGAAAGCCAGAAAUACAAGUGCUUCUUUAUUGGACUUCACUUCUUACCAGCUGAUGAGACAUCCUGGAAGCACUUUCUGACCUUAAAGAUGAACAUUUUGGGAUUUCUUUUGCCACUGUUUGCUCUUGUAUAUUGCUGCAUGCGAAUGGUGAGAACAUGCCAGUUCAGGCAGAGGAACUAUGACCUUUGCAAGCUUGUUUCCACCAUAACCGCAGUUUUCCUUCUGAUGUGGGGACCCUACAAUAUUGCACUUUUCCUGUCUGCUUUCAACGAACAGCUCUCCCUGCAUGGCUGUGGGAAUAGUUACAACUUGAACAAAACCAUUCAGAUCACCAGAAUCAUCGCUGCCACCCACUGCUGCAUCAACCCGCUCCUCUACGUGUUUCUUGACAAGGCAUUUAGGAAACACCUCGGCCACCUUUGCCACCUGUGCAGUGACACUGCACCUCAACCCACUGAGGACCCUGCCCAAGGCACCUCGGGGGAAGAAUAUCACCUUGCUACCUAAAUGGAAACUAGCUCCUGUCAAAGGCAGGAUAAAUAAACAUCAAUUUUUCACUCA